AUGGCCAUAGCCACGUCGGCCCAGCUGGCCCGGGCACUCUACGACAACACCGCUGAGUCCCCCCAGGAGCUGUCCUUCCGCCGAGGGGACGUUCUCCGGGUACUGCAGCGGGAGGGUGCAGGAGGGCUGGACGGCUGGUGCCUCUGCUCCCUGCAUGGCCAGCAGGGCAUCGUGCCUGCCAACAGAGUGAAGCUCCUUUCCACUGGCCCAGCGCCCAAGCCCAGCGUCUCCCAGGCACCCCAAGCCCAGCCUGGCUCACCAUAUCCAGUCCCAGAGCAUGGCAUUAAGGAGCAGGAGGUGUAUGUGGUGCCACCCCCAGCUCGACCCUGUCCCACCUUAGGAUCUCUGGCUGAAACCUGUCCACCCUCCCCUGACCCCAUCUACAAGAUCCCCAGAGGCAGUGGGAGCCAGCUGGCUGCCUCUGGAGACACUUUAGAGGUCUAUGAUGUGCCUCCCGCUGCUCUCCGGGUUCCCUCCAGUGACCCGUAUGACUCCCCUGCCUCCUUUUCCCGCCCUCCGGUCAGGGUGGCCCCACAGCAUCUUAGGGAGGAUGAAGCUCCCUAUGAUGUGCCACUGGCCCCAAAACCACCCACAGAACUGGAGCCUGAUCUGGAGUGGGAGGGGGGCCGGGAACCAGGGCCCCCCCUCUAUGCUGCCCCCUCCAACCUGAAACGGGCAUCAGCCCUGCUCAAUCUGUAUGAAGCACCUGAAGAACUGCUGGCAGAAGGGGAAGACGGAGGCACCGAUGAGGGCAUCUACGAUGUGCCCCUGCUGGGGCCAGAGGCACCCCCUUCCCCAGAGCCCCCGGGAGCCUCAGCAUCCAAUGGCCUGGACACUCUGUCCCUGAUUUUGGCCAGGAGCCCACUACCCCCACACAGGCCCCAGCUGCCUUUAACUGAGAGCCUGUCCCGCCGCCCUCUGCCUGCGCUGCCUGUUCCUGAGGCCCCCAGCCCUUCUCCAGCUCCCUCUCCUGCCCCAGGCAGAAAGGGCAACAUCCAGGACCGGCCUCUGCCGCCAACCCCACCCCGCCUGCCUAGCUAUGGGGCUCCCAAGGCUGAAGGGGAUCCAGAGGGUGGGCAGGCGGAGGACGAUCCAGAGGGACACCACAAUGAGUAUGAAGGCAUCCCGAUGGCUGAGGAGUAUGACUACGUCCAUUUGAAGGGCAUGGACAGAGCUCCAGGAUCUAGGCCCCUGGAUAAGGCCUCCCCAGGGGAUUCUGAGGUGCUGGAGACAGAGCUGCCAGAACAGCAGGACACACAGUCCCUAGGGGAGCCUUUGAUUCUACCCGCUGGAGACCUACAACUGGUGCACUUCUACGCAGAGCAAUGCCAGAGCCACUACUCCGCGCUGCAGGCGGCCGUGGCCGCCCUGAUGGCCAGCACCCAGACCAAUCAGCCCCCUCGCCUCUUUGUACCCCACGGAAAGCGGGUGGUGGUAGCAGCUCACCGCCUGGUGUUUGUUGGAGAUACCCUAGACCGACUAACAUCCUCAGCCCCUCUGCGAGCACAGGUCGGGGCUGCAGGCACUGCGCUGGGCCAGGCAUUGCGGGCCACUGUGCUGGCUGUCAAGGGGGCUGCACUGGGCUACCCAUCCAGGCCUGUGACCCAAGAGAUGACACAGUGUGUGGCAGAACUGGUGGGGCGGGCCCAGCGAUUCACCACUCUACUCACAAACCUAGCUCCCUAA